ACUGAUGUACCGGUUCUGACAGUAUAUUAUAACCAGUAGAUGGGGAGACAUUUCAUUUCCUGAACUGAUUUCAACGAGGAAAAACGAGAAUAGAAGUGCUAUAAAAGAGUACUGUAUCUAACAUCAACCAACCAAUAAUGGGAUUGUUGUUCUGUCCGAGCCUUGCCCUGGCCUUGAUGGCGUGCGUCUUUCUCAGUCAGCCUCAGCUGAGUCAAACUUACGGAUGUAAACCUGACAGUUGUUAUCAUAAUGGCACUUGCGAAGUUACUACCGACUAUCCGUCGGGCUUCCAGUGCUUUUGUCAACAUGACUAUUACGGAGAGAGAUGCGAAUUGAAAAUGUGUGGGGAAAACUCCCACUGCAUGUACGGGAUUUAUUCAGUGUUUAAACUAUUUGAUUACAACUGCGAUUUACAUUAUGGCUAUCGUUGUGUUUGCGACGAGGGUUACAGAUAUGAUGGAGGUUUUUGCCAAGAGAUAUGUCACACUGAUAGUUGCUUUCAAAAUGGGUUUUGCGAAGUUAAUCAUGAAGAACCGCUUGGUUUCAAGUGCGUUUGUGACCCUGGUUUUUUCGGAGAGAGAUGCGCAUUGAAAUCGGUGGAAUAA